AUGAGAAUUUUGCAUCUAAUGUACAAGACAAGGGUGGAGUCCUCCUUUGCUGCUCUUGCAACCAAAUCUUGCUGUAAGAAAAUGAGAAGGAUUAGACUCAAUGAUAGGUUUGCUGAGUUAUUCUCAUUCUUCUAUUCGAAGAAGCCACUGGUAAAGGCGAACAAAGUUGACAUUCUGACAGAUGCAAAUCGUCUUUUAAACAAGUUAUGUUUUGAAGCUCAGAAACUUAAAGAAUCAAAUGAGGCACUCCAAGUCCCCCUAAAGAAUCUCAAGGCUGAGAAAAUAGAGCUAAGGGAUGAGAAGGUGAGGCUCAAGGCUGAGAAGGAAAGGAUGGAGAAGUUACUGAUAUCCAUCAGCUUUUCUAGGUAG